AUGGAAGAAACCGCUCAAAGAAACCCAUUUGCCCGAGUCUACUCCGCAUAUCACGACAAAAUGCGAGCCAUGCCAAAAUGGAUCAAAGCUUUUCAAAAAUACUUCGUUGCAAUUCAGCCUUUCCAGCCCUAUUUCGGCACGAUCCCAGAGGGAAUGAGAACUUCUUUCGAAUCGUUUCUCGAAUUCAUCGCAACAAAUCGAGGUGAAGCAGGGCACAAUGCUCACUGGAGAUCGAUUUUCUCUCUUUGCUCUGCUUGUGCAAUGGAUUUUAAUCACAUCACGCAUUUGGAAAACAGCAAAGAGGAAAUUCCGUCCCUUCUGAGGGAGCUUGGACUUUAUGGGAAAAUUCAUAUCGAUGGGCAAUACACUUGGGAUGAGAAAACGCACGGAAAAUUGAAGAAUCGAAGAGACACAGAAAGCACAGAAAGACCACCAGAUGAACUUCACUGGCAAAAUGUCCCGAGAAAGACGGCAAUUGAGAUUUAUAGACAUUAUUAUUUGGAUUUCGUGCUUUUUGGCUACUCGACCAAAGAUGUCAUGAAGUACAUAAGUGCAUCAAGAAAAGGGAUGCCAAGGCCACCAAGAUCAAUGCGACAAUUAUCGAGGCAAAAUUUGAGAAGAAUGAAAGAAGUGUUUUUAGAAACAGAAACUGAUUUUAUCUUCAAGCACAUCGGUAGCAUCACCUUAGACGACAACAUUAACUGCGCUCGAAUCAUGCGAUCACGAUCUGGCGCCCGGGAUCUUUCCGGCACCAUCCGAGAAAUCCUCCGCACUGCCCAGUCCGUUGGAUACACCGUCGACGGCUCCGACCACCACGAUCUCAUCAAAUAG